ACUUACAAAUGGCGCCCAAGCAAGACCCAAAGCCUAAAUUCCAGGAGGGAGAGCGAGUGCUGUGCUUUCAUGGGCCUCUCCUAUACGAAGCAAAGUGCGUGAAGGUUGCGGUGAAGGACAAACAAGUGAAAUACUUCAUCCACUACAGUGGUUGGAAUAAAAACUGGGAUGAGUGGGUUUCGGAGAGCAGAGUGCUCAAACACGUGGAAGGCAAUCUGCAGAAACAGCGAGAACUCCAGAAAGCCAACCAGGAGCAGUGUGCAGAAGGCAAGAUGAGAGGGGCUGCUCCUGGAAAGAAGACCUCCGGUAUGCAACCCAAAAACCUUGAGGUGAAACCAAAGAAGACCAAGCCGAAAACAUCUAGUAGUGGUGAGGGUGGCAGUACCAUUCAGGCCCCUCAGCCUCUACGCAAGAAAAGGUCCCGGCUAGAUUCACCUGUGGAACAAGAAGAAGUAUUUCUGAACUCAGCUGAAGAUCAAAUCAAGAUUCCCGAAGAGCUCAAACGCUGGCUUGUGGAUGAUUGGGACUUGAUCACCAACCAAAACCAGCUCUAUUGCCUUCCUGCCAAGAAGAAUGUGGAUUCCAUUCUCGAGGAAUACGAGCAUUGUAAGAAAUCGGGAGGAAGCCCAGAUAACAUGGAGUACGCGGUGAAUGAAGUCGUGGCGGGGAUAAGAGAGUACUUCAACGCCACGCUGGACACUCAGCUGCUCUACAAGUGUGAGAAGCCACAGCAUGAGGAGCUGCUCCAAGGCCACCCCGAGGAGCCCAUGUCCCACCUGUAUGGCGCCCCACAUCUGCUGAGACUGCUUCUACGAAUCGAAGCCAUGCUGUCCUACACACCCAUGGACGAGAAGAGCCUUGCCCUCUUACUGAGCUACCUGCAGAAUUUCCUGAAGUACUUGGCGAAGAAUUCCACCACCUUGUUCAGCAUCAGUGAUUAUGAAGUGGCACCUCCCGAGUACCAGCAGAAGGCCCUGUGA